AUGUGGGUUAACGGUGGGGCCAUUGAGACGUUGUUCGACCAAGGUGCAGUUGAUCAUCGCAUGGAGUGUGAGUUCAAGCCUUUCAAAGCAACACAGUCUGGAGCUUGCGAUCCCAACGUGUCGUCUGUCGGCUGCCUGCAGAUGGGCGUCCCGUAUCUCAUUUCUUUAUCUAAAGGGCAAUAUCUAACGGUCGAUGGAAAUUUCAUCGUUGCGCGUGACAUCAACCAGGCGGCAUCCUUCCAAAUCGAGGCAGAAAUCGAGUUGAAGCAAGCGAGCCCAAUGCGGAAAGCUCUGCUUGCUCUUAGUCGGUAG